AUGCAGCCGGGCGAGGGCGGCGAGGGCACUGAUUCCGAGAAGGUCACGAAGUGCGUGACGGCCAUUCUGAACAACUUGAGGGGCCAGAUGCCAGCAACGUGGCAGGAGAACAUGCUGCCCAUGGAUGACUUGCGAGCCGAAGCUAUGAAGUCGGAGGACGCAACGAGCAAAGACGCCCAGCUGAAGGCUUUGGCGACAAUGGCGGCGCCGUCCUUGCUUGGGGUGCCUGAGAAUGCCACUCCGUGUGGUGUUGAGAACUUUGGCGUGCCAACAGUCAAGCUCCAAGAUACCCGGCUGAAAUAUUUUCGGUGGGUUUCUGGUGGCCGCAUUGUGGUGAUGGCCGACGUGACAGAGAUGUCCCGCCACUUCCGAACUUCGUCGUUGUCAGACCUGAAGCAGUGUUUGGAAAGCAUUGACCCGGCGACCAUGCCC